AUGAAGACCAGCAUCCUGCUUAUGUUCCUUUGGGGGUUGUCCUGUGCUCUUCCAGUAGCCAGGUAUCAAAAUACUGAAUCUGAGAGCUCUGAAGAAUGGAAGGGUCAUUUGGCACAGACACCAACACCACCUUUGGAGAGCAGUGAGUCAUCAGAAGACAGUAAAGUUAGCUCCGAGGAACAGGCAAAUGAAGACCCCAGUGACAGUGCUGAAUCAGAGGAGGGCCUUGAUGAUCAUCAAAAUAUGCACAGGGCAGCUGAUGGCCUCUCUAGGAGUGGAGGAAAAGAAGGAGAUGAUAAAGAUGAUGAUGAAGAUGACAGUGGAGAUGACACUUUUGGUGAUGAUGAUAAUGGCCCAGGACCUGAAGAGAGACAAGGAGGAAACUCCAGACUCAAAAGUAAUGAGUACUCAGCUGACAUCACACAAUCCAGGGAAGAUAGUGCCCUGCAAGGAGAAGACAGUACCCAAGAUACCACCAGUGAGAGCAGGGACCUUGACAAUGAGGAUGAGGUGAACAGCAGGCCUGAGAGAGGUGACUCUGCUCAAGAGAGUGAGAGUGAGGAGCACUGGGUGGGAGGAGGCAGUGAAGGGGAUAGUAGCUAUGGGGAUGGCUCUGAGUUUGGUGAUGAAGAAAUGCAGAAUGAUGAUCCAGACAUUAUCAGGAGUGACAGAGGUAACUCCAGAAUGAACAGUGCUAGUGUCAAAUCAGAAGAAUCGAAAGGAAACAGUGAUGAGCAAGCAAGCACUCAGGAUUCAGCUGAUAGCCAAUCAGUGGAGUAUCUCAGGAGGAAAAUUUUCAGAAAGUCCCAUAUUUCUGAGGAAGACGAUAUAGGUGAGCUUGACGAUAGCAACACAAUGGAAGAAAUCAAGAGUGACUCAACAGAAAACACCAACUCCAAAGAAGCUGGCCUCAGCCAAUCCAGGGAAAACAGCAAGAGUGAAUCUCUAGAAGAGAGUGAGGAGACUCAGUCUCAAGAAGACAGUCAAAAUGUACAAGACCCCAGUAGUGAGUCCAGUCAAGAGGUUGAUCUGCCAUCUCAGGAAAAUAGUAGUGAAUCUCAGGAAGAGGCAGUGAGUGAGUCCAGGGGUGACAACCCAGAUAACACCACCAGUCACUCAGAAGAUCAGGAAGAUAGUGACUCCAGUGAAGAGAAUAGCUUGAAUAAACCCUCCAGUUCAGAAAGUGAAUCCACAGAGGAGCAAGCUGACAGUGAAUCCAGUGAAAGCCUCAAAGACUCAGAGGAGAGCCCAGAGUCCACUGAGGAGGAGAACAGUUCUAGCCAGGAGGGCCUCCAGUCUCACAGUGCCUCACAGGACAGCCAGUCUGAGGAAGAUGAUGCCAGUGAUUCUCAGGACAGCAGCAAAUCAAAAGAAGACAGCAACUCUACUGAGAGCAAAUCAAGCAGUGAAGAAGAUGGCCACUCAAAAAACACUGAGAUAGAAAGCAGAAAAUUAACAGUUGAUACUUAUCACAACAAACCCAUUGGGGAUCAAGAUGACAAUGACUGCCAAGAUGGCUAUUAGCAACAACUUCCCCAAGAAGUGGCUCUCAGCUUCGGAGUUGGAGAACAGGGAAAUCAUUAUAACAAUAAUUUAUUGUUUUUUUUUUUAUCAGAAGGACAAACAGAGGCCAUUUCUUUCUGAAAGGAAAUGCUGGAUAUAUUUGUUUCUAGGGUGUCACCAAUUUAUAGGGGUUUAAAUACUGUCAGAGGACACCAGAACACACUCAAUGAGACUGGAAGCAAGGAAAGAUGUGCAUUAUAGCUUCACACCUGAAAUAGUUGCUAACUCAUUAACAUAACAGUUAUUGAGGUUCUAUUAUGUACCAUGCACUGUGCUAGGUGCUGGGAUAUAAAGAAGCUUAAGGCUUGUUUCUUGCUCCUGAGGAGCUUAUAGAGGGAUAGAUAAACUUAAAAAGCUAAACAGGGAUACAUAUGAGAGAAACAAGAAUUAUUACAAUGCAGUGUGGUAAGUGCUGUAGGAGGUAUGAACAAAAUAUAUGGGAGCACAGAAGAUGGGCCCAACUUUGCCUUGGAAAAUCCAGGAGGGCUUCACAGCAGAAAAGACACUAGAGUUGGAGCACUGCAUAAGAUUUCCCCAUUGAAGACAAGAGAAUUCUGUUCAUUCUUGGGAUAAGCAAUAGUGAAUCCUAUAUGAUUCAGUAUUUAGUUUUUGAAAGCACUUUCAAAUUAUGGCACAGUGAGGUAUUCUGGAUAAACAAAACUUUGUUUUCAAGUAACUUACCCUUUUUGAUGCUUUUUGUGGAACUCUCAUGAACAGUGCGUCACUCACCACUGGUGAUAUGAUAUGGAAGACUGGGUGGGGGAGAAAAACAGAAAGAAAUCCCUCUUUAAAUAGAUAACUUUUAGCUUUAUUUUUUUCCUAAAAUCAGUCUAUGUGCAAUGCUAGAAAAAAUUAUUCUCUAAGUCC